UCUCUGGUCCCCUCCUCCAAUCUCUCAGCCCCCCAGUCCUCGCCCACAGCCCCUCAGUGUGACAGACACACGUCCCAACAGCCGCCACACGUAAGCAGUCCGUCGUCAGGUGGCCUGGGGCACAGUGGAUAGCGCAGCGGACAGGACAGAAGCAGGAUUCAAGUACGUAGACAGUGCUCAGCAAACCACGUGAUAAACUGUUACCUUCUUGGUGAUGUGACUACGUGAUAAACAACCAAUCAUCUCGUGACGUGAUAAAUAACCAUCCUCUUUGUGACGUGACCACGUGAUAAAACACUCCAUCCCACGUGACGUGACCACGUGACAAACCAUGGCGGAGGACUACAGCAUCAACACGGGUGUGGUGAAGAGGUUCGGCACCGUGGACUAUGUCCUGUUCUCCCUCACCCUCGUCAUAUCCGCCGGCAUAGGCGUUGUCUUCGCCGUCUUGGACCGGAAGCGGAACACCACGAAAGAGUUCCUCCUGGGCGGGCGGAAUAUGAGCGUGUUUCCAGUGGCCUUCUCCUUGAUGGUCACCUUCAUGUCGGCUUUGACCUUGCUGGGCAACCCGGCGGAGAUCUACAACUACCACACCAUGUUCUGGUAUCUGUGUCUGGCCUUCAUCAUAGCCAUGUUCUUCGCCGCCCACAUCUUCAUCCCUUUCUUCUAUGAGCUGGGGGUUACAAGCACGUUUGAGGUGAGAGGAUCCCCUUUGUGUCAAUGUGUGUGUGUGUCAUGUUUGAGGUGAGACGAUUCACUUUGU